AUUUUGCACAUGCGAAAAAGAAGCCCAAUUUUUUAUGCGGCUUGCCACACCAUCAAUUAGAUCACACUUUUGUGAUUAAGAUAUUAUAAAGAUAAGAGUAUUGAACACUUUUAUAAAUUUGCGUUAUCUGCCUUUCAAUUUGCGGAACUCUAGAUACACUCAUCUUUUGGAGCUCUACAUUGGUUAAGUGGGAAAAAGUUUGCAUAACAUAAUUUAAAAAUUACACGUUAAAGCUAAGAACUAAACAUCUCAGCUAAAAGUAAUGUAAAAUUAAUGGAUAUUCAAAGCCAAGGGGGUCCAUGCAAGCAAGCAACAUAAUUGGUUUUGGUCAAUGAAUAAUAAAUAAUGCAUACUCCACACCUUUUAAUAUCUUUUAAUUUGAGCAACAACUAUACCAUUUUGGGGUCUGUUUUGCUUUUGAGGAAUAAAAAACUGUGUUGUGUUUCUGCUUCUUGUGUGGCAUGCCCGAUCACAUCUAUCUAAUUCAGGACCAAUAAUGGUGGCUGUGUUCAACAAAGAGCUCUUAAGUUGGUAUCUCAUUACCCUGAAGCUCAGAGAAACAGUAGAAUCUGGAAUUCCAAGAACGUCUGAUUCGAAUGGAUUGCUUGAAUUGCCAGAACAAAGUCAAGAACAGCAGCAGAAACAAGAGCAGACACCAUCAGAAAGCCUGAACAUUGUGAUCGAAGAUGAUGGUGAUGAAAACUCUGAGGAUGAAUGGGUGAUAUCCAUAAAAGAAAAACUUGAACAAGCUCACCAAGAUGAUGAAGAAGGUUCAUGGGAAAAGUUGAGCAUAUACAAAGUCCCACAACACCUAAGAGAAGGAGAUGACAGAGCCUAUAUUCCCCAGAUGGUGUCCUUGGGGCCUUAUCACCAUGGCAAGAGACGUCUACGCCAAAUGGAUCGCCAUAAGUGGCGUUCUCUUCACCAUGUCCUCAAGCGUUCUAAUCAGGAUAUAAAGAUUUAUCUUGAUGCUAUGAAAGAACUCGAAGAAAGAGUUCGCGCUUGUUAUGAAGGGCCUAUUAGUCUUAGCAGCAAUGAAUUUGUUGAAAUGUUGGUUCUUGAUGGAUGUUUUGUACUUGAGCUCUUUAGAGGAGCUGCUGAGGGAUUUAAGCAACUUGGUUACCCACGCAAUGAUCCUAUCUUUGCUAUGCGUGGAUCUAUGCAUUCAAUUCAAAGAGACAUGAUUAUGUUAGAGAAUCAGCUUCCACUUUUCAUACUUGAUCGAUUGCUUGGACUUCAAAUUGGUUAUCCAGAGCAGAAAGGACUUGUUGCGAAGCUAGCACUCAGAUUCUUCGACCCAUUAACGCCAACUGAUGAGCCAUUAACAAAAGGUGACAUAAGCAAACUGGAGUCGUCGCUUGGAUAUACAAACACCUUUGAUCCUUUAUCAGAUCAAGGUGGCCUUCAUUGUCUUGAUGUUUUUCGAAGAGGCCUCUUGUGCUCAGGCCCUCAACCUGUACCCCCAAAGGCUUGGAUCAAACGAUGGUCGCAUGCAAAUCGAGUUGCAGAUAAAAGAAGGCAACAAUUGAUACAUUGCGUUACAGAACUGACAGAAUCUGGUGUCAAAUUCAGGAAAAGGAAGACUGAUCGCUUCUGGGACAUAAAAUUCAAGAACGGGAUUCUAAGUAUUCCCAGGCUUUUUAUUCAUGAUGGUACAAAGUCACUUUUCCUCAACCUCAUUGCAUUUGAGCAGUGUCAUCUUGAUUGCAGCAAUGACAUUACAUCAUACGUUAUCUUCAUGGACAAUCUAAUCAACUCUCCCGAGGAUGUAGGAUACCUACAUUACUGUGGCAUUAUCGAACACUGGCUAGGUAGUGAUGCUGAAGUUGCAGAUCUCUUCAACCGCCUUUGUGAAGAGGUUGUUUUUGAUAUCAAUGAUAGCUAUCUUUCCCGGUUGUCAGAAUAUGUAAACCAAUAUUACAACCACAGAUGGAAUGCCUGGCGUGCAAGUCUCAGACAUAACUACUUCAACAAUCCCUGGGCCAUCAUCUCAUUUGUUGCUGCUGUUGUGUUGUUACUGCUUACUUUUGCUCAGACCUUCUACGGAAUUUAUGGCUAUUACAGGCCACCUUCUUGAAUUUGAUUUUUUUCUUCCAUUCAUUGUGCAAGGUUACACAGCGUCUAGCCUACAGGCGAUCGAUUGAUUCAAUGUAUUUGUAUAAGUCUGCUUCAAUGACAUUUAUUGAUGAUUUGAUAUCUAUGU